GUCCCUUAAAUGCUCUCUUAUGUGCUCACACAUGCGUGCAGAUCUUUUGCUGGUGAUCUCAGACGAACACGCAGGCGGGACAGCAGUUCUGCAACCAGUUACUGAGCAACAAAUCCAACCUGGCCUCACAAACAAGAAUUUAGCUGCUGUAAAAGGUGAUUCACCAGCACACUGGAUCGACUGCCUGCUCUCCCAGCCCGCCUUGCACUGCUAUUCAUGAAGAAACUUCUGGUCGUCUUGGCUGUGUGUUCAGUGGUCGGCAUUGCGACUACAGAGAGGUUGUCAUGUCUGAAACGUGCGGCAUUUUCUUCUACAAACUUUGAGAACAUCCUAACUUGGGAAACUGAAGCAGAUAUCCCUCCUGACACUGUAUUUGAUGUCCAGUAUAAACAGUAUGGAGAGAAAGCCUGGCUUAACAAGCGGGAGUGCCAGAGCAUCACACAGCUCUUCUGCAAUCUCACUCGUGAAACAGAGAACUUCACAGAGCAUUACUACGCCAGGGUGAGGGCUGCUGGCCACCGCUGCUCCUCCAACUGGGUGCGCUCAGAGAGAUUUGAACCCAGAAAAGAGACUAUUAUUGGAGCACCAGAAGUGGAGUGUAUUCCUCAUGUACGGUCCAUAAAGUUUCUUAUACACACCCCUCAUACGCCACUGAGAGGUGAGGGUGGCCACCAGCUAACCAUAGAGGACAUUUACAGCAAAUUUGGUGCUGUUGAUUAUCACUUAACAAUAUUCAACCAAAGGACACGUCAAAAGUGGAUAAAGAAUGAGCAUAACAAAGAAUUUGAAGUUUCCAAUCUGGACCCAGACACAGAGUAUAAUGGAACAGUGCAUCUAUAUCUCCUUGAGAGAAGCAGCAAAUCUCAAGUAUUUUGGGUUAAAACACUACCAGAUAACACAUGGCUCUCCUACUGUUUCGUGGCCCUUGGAUUCUGUGCUGGGCUGGUGUUUGCUGCUAUUGGUUAUGUGAUCUACAAGUAUGUCAAACAACACAGCGCACAGCCCAUGUCUUUGGACUUCAGAGGGAUCUCUUCAUUCCAGCCUCUAACUCUGACAGUGGAACACAUUAUAAAGCCUAUAAAUUUAUCCAAACCUUCAGUUCUCAUCCCCGAAGCGCAGUUCCCACAGGUAGGCCGAUGUUUGGACAAAGCACUGGAGCCACCGCAGCCAUUCCAUCCAUCAUUGUGUACCUACCAGCAGCAAGCCAACCUAUCGGUGUUCCAGGGCGGCCACCUGCUGUGCCCAGUGAGCACAGCUCCUACUGGAUAUGCUCCUCAAACCUCUGAGCAAAGCACUGCCAACCUCCCCAUGACCUAUGGUGUGUGUGUCGAUGGCACAGACCAUAGCAAGAAGAAUAACUUCCGUCUGAACCAGUUGCUAAAGGAAGUUCUGUCAGAUAGCUCUGCUGGUGGGAAGCUUGUCAGUCAUACGCUGGGGGAAAGCUGCAGCCAUUGGAAUUACAAAGAGCAGCAGCCAAAUGUGGCACUGUGGGAGAGCAGGGCCAUGAGAGACUCAGCUCUUGUACAUGAAAGCCCUCAGCAAAUACAGCAACUGCUGUUGCAGACUGAUGGGGUUGAAAGUGAAGAGCAUCUGCCACAGUUGCUGCUGCCUUCAGUGGAGCAAGGAGGAUGCUAUAGACAACAGACAGCAGAACUGCCACUGUUACUGUCUUCAGUGACAGUUAACGCAGACUGUGUUCCAGAGGAUGAAUCUCUGUCACGGCCAUCAGCAGCCCACCUCCUCUCAGUCAGCUUCCCUGGAGAGAGAACAGAGUGGUGGGUGUCACCAGAUUCGGUGUCACAUUCUGAAAAUAAAAUGCAGUUUCAGGAAAUUUGGGAAGCAGAGAAGCUGCCAGCAGCACAGGAGUUAAACUGCAUGAAAUUGGACCAUGUCGUGUCCCAGGACACUAUCUCGGAGUACAGCAGUGGCAUUUCUCUCACUACACUGUUCAAAGACCUGAACUUAAAAGUACUGUGGGAUCAAGCAGAUGAAAACACAGAAUUUUAUUAAGGAGAGUUAAUGUUGUUAAAAUCCAUGUUCUGUUUGUUUGUAUGAAAUAGAAGUGUCCUGCAAACAGCACAUGCAAAUAAAUGUAGAUAGUCUUGU